AUGUCACAACCAAAGAAUGAGCACUUAUGUUGCAAUGCUAAUGGUGGACCCAUUGCAAAGGAGUUGAUUCCAAAGCUUAAUGUUGUGAAGAAAGUUUUGUCCUCCAAAUUGGAAGUAAGGCUACCAGAUAUUGAAGUAAGACCAACUUUUCUCUCACUGCUCAUUGCCACUAUCAUAUUACUAAAAGGGAUUGGAGGGAUUCAAUUUGUUUUUGGAAGCAUACUUGGAUCUUUUCUUCUGCUUCUGCAUCAAGCGAUUACGACUCCGCUUUUGUACGAUUUCUAUAACUAUAAACCCAGCAGCCCUGAAUUUAAUCUACUGCUGAAUAAUUUCAUGCUGAACACAGCAGUCUUUGGUGCAUUGCUAUUCUUUAUAGGGAUCAAGAACUCAAUUCCUAGGAAGCAACUAAGGAAGAAGACUCCAAAAACAAAGACAAUUUAGGAAAUAGAGAAAAGAUGUAUGAAUGUAUUUUUCCAAAAGAUUUUUUUGUUUAUUUGUCACUUGGAUCAUAAUUUGAUUAUUGAUAAGCUUCCACUUUCUCUUACACUUGUCCACAAAGAGAUUAAGCUAAGCUAUUGUUAGAUGUUAGUUAUGGCCACAAGUAAAAUAGGAGGGGAAAAAUUGCUUGGUGAAACAAUUAAAAUUGUUCCAUAGUCCAUACUAACAAUGCUGACUACAACUUUUUUUUCCAUUUUAGUCUAGUAGAGU